AUGUAUAUACCAGCCCAACAGCUCCAACAGCAGCAUAUCUGUAAGGAGGAUGAGGUUCUUGCCGGUCAGGAGGGAGAGCAGCUUGUCCUGAAGCAGCAGACUGAUGCCAGUAUGUUGACUCCUACUCAUGAGGAAAGUGACCACGGUGAAGCUCAGACUGUGAACUUGAGUAUUGAUAAAACUCAGAAUGCAGUGGAGGAGAUGCCCGCUGAGAGCCAAGAUCAGAACGGAGGCCAGCAUGGGGACUCAGGAUCAGCUAGAAAUGCAGAGCCACAACUAAAGAGGAGACUUCGCACAAACAGAAAUCACAGUAACAAUGUAAACAACGCUGACAUGUCAGAGAUUCACCGCAGAACUCGGACAGAGCUCCAACAGCAGCAUAUCUGUAAGGAGGAUGAGGUUCUCGCCGGCCAGGAGGGAGAGCAGCUUGUCCUGAAGCAGCAGACUGAUGCCAGUAUAUUGACUCCUACUCAUGAGGAAAGUGACCACGGUGAAGCUCAGACUGUGAACUUGAGUAUUGAUAAAACUCAGAAUGCGGUGGAGGAGAUGCCCGCUGAGAGCCAAGAUCAGAACGGAGGCCAGCAUGGGGACUCAGGAUCAGCUAGAAAUGCAGAGCCACAACUAAAGAGGAGACUUCGCAAAAACAGAAGUCACAGUAACAAUGUAAACAACGCUGACAUGUCAGAGAUUCACCGCAGAACUCGGACAGAGCUCCAACAGCAGCAUAUCUGUAAGGAAGAUGAGGUUCUCGCCGGCCAGCUGCUCAGUAUUCAGGAGAGCAACUCCAGUCCGGAUCAAGAAGACCCAGAUCCUCCACAGAACAAAGGGGAACAGCAGGAACUCUGCACCGGUCAGGAGGGAGAGCAGCUUGUCCUGAAGCAGCAGACUGAUGCCAGUAUGUUGACUCCUACUCAUGAGGAAAGUGACCACGGUGAAGCUCAGACUGUGAACUUGAGUAUUGAUAACACUCAGACUGCGGUGGAGGAGAUGCCCGCUGAGAGCCAAGAUCAGAACGGAGGCCAGCAUGGGGACUCAAGAUUUAGAACGCCAACAACACUGACCCGUCAUAUAAGAACCCACACAGGCGAGAAGCCGUACACGUGUAAAACAUGUGGGAAACAUUUCAGCCGUGACAACGCAUUGACAAUCCACAUGAGGUCCCACACAGGUGAGCACCCGUACCUUUGCAAGACCUGUGGGAAAAGAUUUAUUGCACCAACAAAACUGACCCGUCAUAUAAGAACCCACACAGGUGAGAAGCCGUACACGUGUAAAACAUGUGGGAAACAAUUCAGGCGUGACGAUGCAUUGACAGUCCACAUGAGAUCCCACACAGGUGAGAAGCCCUACCUUUGCAACACCUGCGGGAAAAGAUUUUGUGCGCCAACAGCACUGAUCUGUCAUAUAAGAAUCCACACAGGUGAGAAGCCGUACCUUUGCAAGACCUGCGGGAAAAGAUUUAAUGUGGCAGCAGCACUGACCCGUCAUAUAAGAACCCACACAGGUGAGAAGCCAUACCCAUGUAAAAUAUGCGGGAAACACUUCAGCCGUGACGAUGCAUUGAGAGUCCACAUGAGGUCUCACACAGGUGAGAAGCCGUACACUUGUACAACAUGUGGUAAACAUUUCAGUCGUGACGAUACAUUGAGAAUCCACAUGAGGUCCCACACAGGUGAGAAGCCGUACCUUUGCAAGACCUGUGGGAAAAGAUUUAGUGAGCUAAUAACACUGACCCGUCAUAUAAGAACCCACACAGUUGAGAAGCCAUAUUCUUGCAAAACAUGUGGCAAAUGUUUCACAGUUAAUGCUCAGUUGAAAGUCCACAUGAGAAGAGCCCACACUGAUGAGAAGCAGAACAAGUGAGGAGCCACGUAAUUUAAGUUCUUGUAGAAAUGUUCUUUUUUCUCAAAUCACAUUCUUAAAAUAUUUGAAGAUCGAGCUGAAACUCCUGUGUUGCAAUUGCUACAUCUUUGUAAUUGAAUGUAAAAUAUUUUCUUCCAACACGAGAUGUCAGUAUCUUUGUGUAACGUUUUUUUAAUGACAUUGUUACUUCUAUGUAUGUUUUCAAACAGUAUUUCUGUAUUUUAGUUUCACAGUGAGUGCACAGAUGUGGCUGCUGCAGUCAUGCUGUGAUCUGGAUGGUUGUUAUUUUUGCC